GUGUCAAAAACACCAUAACGCACCGCAGCGUCAUCAUGCGGCUUUGCAAGGAAGCUGGAAUAAACAAACCAUAAAAUGGCGUCGUCAGACCCGAAGGCAGCUUUGCUUAGCACCCAGACGGAAAAGCCAAAUCAUUACACAUACUUGAAAGAAUUUCGUGUGGAACAGUGUCCAUCGUUUCUGCAGCACAAAUGCAAUCAGCAUCGACCAUUCGUGUGCUUCAAUUGGCAUUUUAUGAAUCAGAGACGCCGUCGGCCAGUGCGUAGACGGGAUGGUUCAUUUAACUACAGUGCCGAUAAUUACUGCACCAAGUACGACGAAACUACCGGAAUCUGCCCGGACGGAGAUGAUUGUCCAUUUUUGCACCGUACGGCUGGGGACACCGAGAGGCGAUACCACCUACGUUACUAUAAAACAUGCAUGUGUGUUCAUGAUACUGAUGCUCGUGGAUAUUGUGUCAAGAAUGGGCAUCACUGUGCAUUUGCCCAUGGCAUACAUGAUCAGCGCCCGCCAGUGUACGACAUCAAAGAGCUGGAAGCCAUGCAGGCCGCUGAAGCAAGCGGCGAAUCGAUGAACGGACCCAAUGUUCUGGACAAAGAGAGAAAUCUGAUGAAUGAAGAUCCAAAAUGGCAAGACACGAAUUAUGUACUAGCUAAUUAUAAAACAGAACCAUGCAAGAGGCCCCCAAGGCUCUGCCGGCAAGGAUACGCCUGUCCGCAAUACCACAACAGCAAGGACAAAAGACGCAGUCCUAGGAAAUAUAAGUAUAGAUCCACUCCAUGUCCUAGCGUAAAACAUGGAGAAGAAUGGGGUGAACCUGCAAAUUGCGAAGCUGGUGACAAUUGUCAGUACUGCCAUACCCGUACUGAGCAACAGUUUCAUCCAGAGAUAUAUAAAUCCACUAAAUGUAACGAUGUUCAGCAGGCUGGAUAUUGUCCUCGAUCCGUUUUCUGCGCUUUCGCGCAUGUAGAACCUUAUGUCCUAACUGAAGAAUUAUCGUCCCGCGAUCUAGAUAGCCAAGCACUUGCCCUUAGCGAUAUGAUUUCUUCGGUUUUGCCUCCCGAUAGUGGUGGGGGAGGUGGAGGAGGUGGACUUGGUUGUUCCCUCAGUAAGAAGGACAAACACGAGCUAGCGGUGAGUGUACUAAGCUAUCUGGACGGAGGACGGCAGGAGAAUCUACCAUUUGAACUUGAACCGCAGAAUUUUCAAUCGUUCUUCCAGCUGCUGCAGAAUGGUAGCGCAGAAAGUAGUGAAUCGGCAAGCACCAGCAGUAUCGGCUCUAAUCAUAGUUCCCACAACAAAGCACCAGGUUCACAGCUACAGCAAAAGCAUAAUAAUAGUAGUCUCCUAGGCAUCGUAACAUCCGCCAACUGCAAUGGCAGUGGUAGCGUCAGCAAUCAAGCCAACAAUAGUCUCGGUAGCUUACAAUCAACGCUGUUCAGCAAUGGCGGUACCGCUGCUAGCUCACUGCUAUCGAAUAGUUUUCCGGACUUUACACCGGAGAUUCGGGCACAGAUGAUGGCGAUUGACAACGAUCUUACAAUGAGCCCAAUGGAAAAGGAGCAACGGAAACGAAUGUGUCUAACAUUCAAUCUUAGGAAUAUAGCAUCUUCGUUGGAUGGAGGAGUUUAUGAUAUGACGCGACGUGAUACCAUUCAUGGACUAGACAAUUCAAUUUCAGCUGGAAUAGCAUCUUCUGGUUUGCUAGCAAGCAGUUCUGCACCGGUCAAUAUUCCGGGUUCUCCAAUGGGGAACUCCAUAUCUGGUCUUCUUCAAGGUACAUCUGCACCGGUUAACAUUCCUGGUAGUUCGUUGGGUAACAACUUCAGUCCCUCAUCGCAUUCAAAUCUUUUUGGCAUGAAUGACUCCAUGUUUGGAAAUAGCCAAUCACAUCACAUUGGCAGUAGUUCGGCACCGAAACUAGCCACAUCCUUCGGUCACAGUAACACCGAUAGUCUAUUCUUUCAGUCUCACAUAAUCUCGCCAGUGUUGACCGGUGGCGACGGUGGUCUAUCAGCUAGUCCGGAACUUAGUCGAAUAUCGGAACUCAACUCACUUAACAAUGAACUAAGCAACAAUAAUACAAACCUGUUAUUCGAUAAUCAUAUGCAACAGGCGGCAGCCGCGGUGGCACAACAGCAGCAGCAACAACAGCAACAACAAGUUCAACAGCAGCAACAGGCUGCAGCAGUUGCAGCCAUUGCCGCAGCGGCCAAGAGUUCCAAUGCCAAUCAUGCAUACUCAAUGUCGCCACUGGUGGCAUCCGGUAUGGAACGGUUACGUGAUGAACUAGCCAAUAAAAAUGCACAAAUGAUCAACUGGGAAGAGCAAGUCAUGCAAGCGACAAAUGCUUGUGAAGCGUGGAAAGCUCAGAUGGAGGAAAGCAAUAGAAAGACUGUGCUGGCUGAACAACAACGAGAUGAAGCUCUAUCACAUGUCAAAGCCCUCAAAGAGAAGUUAGAACAAGUGAAUAUUGGUAGCAACAGCACGGCAAACUAUCGAGCUAGUGAUCUGCGUGGACUGCCUUUGCCAAAAUUGAAGAAUAUACAGGCUAAGCUGCGCGCCGAAAUCGAGGAGGUAGAAAAGGUACUCUACCUCGAAACGGCUACCAAGUGCAUGAAGUGUGAAGAAAACAACCGAUCGGUAACACUUGUUCCGUGCAAUCACUAUGUGCUCUGUGAUUCCUGCGCAGCUACACAGCGCGAAUGUCCUUACUGUCAGACGCCAGUUACGUCACAAGCGUAAAUAGCAGUAGUGAGAUCACAAAACUUUGUGAUCUUGUCUGCGUCAAUCAACGCUAGAGCAUGAAUACAAUCGCACCUCGAUAUAGUUACAAAUACAUGUGGAAACUACUAUGUUACAUUUACCCCCUGAUCAUAAGCUAGUACGCCCACAUCGAGCAUCAUCAAAUCGCAACUUAUCAAGACUAAACUUGAUCAGAAUUCGCCUGGAACAUUCAAAAACCUAAAUGUAUUUCUGUUUUGUUUUACUUUGGUCAAAGUUUUUUUAUGUUGAUAAUGUUUACAGUUCUGGGUAACUAAUAUGAAAAACAGUGAUAUUUUUGUGACCACAUUGAACAACAGCGACUACCAUUUAGGACAAAAUUAAGUAAUUUACAUGAUGAUAGUGACGAAAGGUUCACUUUAAAACAUUCAAUAGACGCGCAUGGUUUGAUACAUGAGGCGACAGAGAAACAAAGCAAGAUCAGUUUCGUCUUUUAUAGUAUUUUAUACGUUCUAAACUGUCAGGCUUCCAACUUUAAUCAAGUGUUGGAACGAAUAAAGCAGAACGGUAGCACGUCGUCAAGCACAGGGAUAUAUUUUUCUUUCUACCUUGAGAUGGAAGGUAUUCAGAUAAUUUAUAGCUUAUAUUGACUAGUGAUUUUUUUACUUAUAUAACAAUCUGUUCUGUACAAUAGAGAAGGGACAACAUUCGAUUUAUUCGCUUUUAAUUUUUAGAAGCGAACAAUAUUUCGCUAUCCAUGUGAAAGAUUGCAUUUUUUACUUUCAACAAAUUAUAGAAACAAAUAUAAAAAUGAACUAUGCGCAGAAACAGUGAGAACCAGUAGGUACGAGAGACGUUUAUAUAAUAAAUUAAAACAAAAGUGAGGAUAUGUAUUUAUAAUUUAUUUUUUUGCGAUCUUAUUUAACUGCUAGGAUAACCCAAUUUGUUUCUGUUCAUUUGCCUCUAGCAUUUUUGAAAAAGUUUCUGGCUAGCAUGAUGGAAAAAAAUGCAUACACUCAUAUUAGGCAGAUGAAAAGUGAAAGAAGUGUGCUCGACGCUAGGCAGAAACAUUAGAAUAAAUUUACGUAUUCCUUAUUAUUCUUUACAUAAAGAGAGCAAACACUAUUACUAUGAACGGCUGAACACAAUUUGAACUAAACAAAUAUUAUUAUUCUGAUAUAUUAUUAUUUUUGAUAGGUAGACAACUAAAUGACUAAUAAUGAAAGCUGAUCGGUAGGAGUCAAACUUAAGCGAGAACAGCAAGGUUUACACAAAGCUCUUAGAUUUACAAUUUGAAAUUCUCUGCAUAGUAAGUGUACAUGUACGGAUCCAAAAAUUUCCCAGUUGAAAAGUUAUCUUAAAACUGAAUUGUAACGGUCCGAGUUUUUGAUUAUUUAUCCUUUCUAACGAAUCAAACUAUGUUGAAAUUAAAAUCUAGAAUGAUUUUAUGAUUAUAACCAUCACAGAAGCAGUAA